AACUCCACGACUACUUACACGACGUGUGGUCUACAUACGUCGACACUGCUUUUCUACUGUUACUCCAACCGGCGUCGGUUCCGGAGAAGUGGCUCAACUCUUACGGCGCUAGUCAGACUCCUAGCCGGCCAACUGUAUACAAGUUAUAAUAGUAGACUCAUGACCUGCGUGUCGUCAAUGCUCGUUGACAACGUGACCUGCGUGUCGUCAAUGCUCGUUGACUACGUGACCUGCGUGUCGUCAAUGCUCGUUGACUACGUGACCUGCGUGUCGUCAAUGCUCGUUGACUACGUGACCUGCGUGUCGUCAAUGCUCGUUGACUACGUGACCUGCGUGUCGUCAAUGCUCGUUGACUACGUGACCUGCGUGUCGUCAAUGCUCGUUGACUACGUGACCUGCGUGUCGUCAAUGCUCGUUGACUACGUGACCUGCGUGUCGUCAAUGCUCGUUGACUACGUGACCUGCGUGUCGUCAAUGCUCGUUGACUACGUGACCUGCGUGUCGUCAAUGCUCGUUGACUACGUGACCUGCGUGUCGUCAAUGCUCGUUGACUACGUGACCUGCGUGUCGUCAAUGCUCGUUGACUACGUGAUCUGCGUGUCGUCAAUGCUCGUUGACAACGUGACCUGCGUGUCGUCAGUGCUCGUUGACUACGUGACCUGCGUGUCGUCAACCCUCAAAAUUCACUGAAGUAAAUGUAUAUCGCCUCGUGAUCAAGAAUAGAUGACUACAAUCUUCUCGUGUGCCAAUGCUCACUAACGAGAUGACCACCAUGUAA